CGCCGGGUGGUAGAUGCGGGUGCACCAGGGCGCCAGGCGCCUGCGCAGAACUGGGCAGCGGCUGCGCCUUUAAAGUGGGCGUUGUAAACACGGCGAGGUGAUGGAGCUCGGGAGCAGUGAGGAGGAGGCGCGGGACGAGAGCCAGCCCGAGGCGAAGAGGCGGCGGUUGCUGUGCGUGCAGUUCUCCUCGGUGGCGAGCUGCGACGCCGCGGUGGCGCAGGGGUACCUGGCCGAGAACAACUGGGAGAUGGAAAGAGCGCUGAACUCCUACUUCGAGCCCGCCGCGGAGGGCAGUGCGGUGGGAAGCCGGGCCGGGCUGCCAGCGGAGCCCGGGCGUUGUGUUGACCUAACCAAUGAAGAAACAACUGAUUCCACUAGUUCUAAAGUCUGCUCAUCUGAAAACAUUCAGCAAGAAGAUGGCAGUAUGUUCUCUUUCAUCACGUGGAACAUUGAUGGAUUGGAUCUAAACAGUCUCCAAGAGAGGGCUCGAGGGGUGUGUUCCUAUUUAGCUCUGUACAACCCGGAUGUCGUAUUUCUACAGGAAGUUAUUCCACCCUAUUUUAGCUAUCUGAAGAAGAGAGCAAGUAGUUAUGAGAUUAUUACAGGUCACGAAGAAGGCUAUUUCACAGCUAUAAUGUUGAAGAAGUCGAGAGUGAAAUUAAAAAGCCAAGAGAUCAUUCCUUUUCCAAGUACCAAGAUGAUGAGGAACCUUUUGUGUGUGCAUGUGAGUUUGUCUGGAAAUGAACUUUGCCUUAUGACUUCCCAUUUGGAGAGCACCAGAGGGCACGCCAGCGAACGAAUGAAUCAGUUAAAACUGGUGUUAAAGAAAAUGCAAGAGGCUCCAGAGUCAGCUACAGUUAUAUUUGCAGGAGAUACCAAUUUAAGGGAUCAAGAAGUGACUAAAUGUGGUGGUUUACCCAGCAACAUUUUGGAUGUCUGGGAGUUUUUGGGCAAACCUAAGCAUUGCCAGUAUACAUGGGACACACAGAUGAACUCUAAUCUUGGAAUACCUGCUACUUGUAAGCUUCGUUUUGAUCGAAUAUUUUUCAGAGCAGCAGCAGAAGAGGGCCACAUUAUUCCUCGAAGUUUGGACCUGCUUGGGUUGGAGAAACUGGACUGUGGCAGAUUUCCUAGUGAUCACUGGGGUCUGCUGUGUAAUUUAGAUGUCAUAUUGUGAAAUACUUUACAAAUAUGAGUCUUAAGUGUUUUAUUUUGUGCUGGAUUUUUGCAGAUGUAAUUUCUUCCUAUCUGGAAAGGUCAAUUUAAUAUGGAGAAAUUAAUACUGUAAAGUGGAUCAUUGCUACAGGAAAACACAGUUACAAUUUUGAAUUAUGGAUUAUGUCCUCAGAAUUAGAAUCAGCCAGGUGUGGUGGUGCACACCUGUAAUCUCAGCACCUGAGAGACUGAGUCAGGAUUGUUGUGAGUUUGAGG